AUGGAACUGCCAGAGUGCAAACGAUAUAUCACUACGGUGCGAUCCGAUGGAAAGAGCGUACACAAACCUUUCACUCCCCUCAUUUACUCUGACAUCCCCGGCACUGGCUCUGUUGCACGGUCAUAUUCAGUAAAAUGUAUUCCAGCCCAGCUACAAGCUGAGGACGAUAUUAAAGCGUACCAAAGUAACGAAGGCAUUGCGAGCUACAAAUCGCCAGAUAUCGUCAUUCCCGGGGCGAAUCUUUCAGUCAUAGACUUUCAGCCCGGAGCUACCAGCCCUAUGCAUAAGACUCCGUCUAUAGACUUUUCUAUCUGCAUUAUGGGCACUAUCGAUCACGUUAUGGACAGUGGAGAAUCCAUACGACUAUAUCCUGGAGACCAUAUUAUUCAGCGUGAAACCAAUCAUAAAUGGGUGAAUCCAUCGAAGACGGAGCCGGCAAGGUUGAUUGGUGUCAUUCUCCCAAGUGAGAAUUUCAAGGGAAAAGCGGCUGACGAGGACGGUGAUGGCCUGUCUAAAUGA